AUGACGACCCAGCUGUUGCCCUCCAUUGUUAGCAGUCCUUUCAGCAGUCAUUUCGAGUUUCACGGCUCAGACGCUGCCCUCUCUGUCACUCCAACGAUUCCAGCAACCUCCUUCACACCAUUCUUCAUCCAUCAAGAUCGACAAAUAUCGUCUGCUUCUCUGUUAUCAACAACAUCGGCUCCUGUCGCGACGAAUAAUGAGAAUAAACCUCCUCUCGAUGGAAACACUGAUAUUCCGCUCUCCUCCCGCUCGGUGUCCGCACAUCUGUCUUCGAAAGAAUCCAAAAGACGAAGACACUGCGACAACGGCCGCACGCAACAGGAUGAUUCGAGCACGUCUGGCCGCACUCCUUGCGUUCCAAAGCCUCCUGCGAUUAUAACUGUCCUGCAAGGGUCUUCUGAUGGAGCUGGCAUCCGUCGAGCAUUGCAGGAAUUGCCAAACGAAGAAAGAUGGCCAACGACUCCACCUAGUCACGCUCGACCACUCCCGGGAGCUCAUAUUGAAGCUGCGGCUCCUUUGACGGCAGGCAUAUUGCCAACGUCGAAAAGGAGGCAAGAGAAUCCAACAACAGAGUCUGUGGGCGAGACACGGGCUGCCAAUCUACCUUGCCAACCUCGUUAUCAUCAACAGGCACCAUUCAUUCCGUACGCUUCGCAGCACACUCAAGAUUCCGCAGAAAACCCUUAUCGUUCCCACACAAAGCGCCUCUCUACUGCCUCAUCCGCCUUCGUCCACACGAUGAAAACAGCAAGUCUCAGUAAUGCCAGUUUUACCAUCGUGCGUCGAUCGUCACGGAUCGGUCGAUCAACGGAUAGCUGUGGGAUUCUCACCUCUCUUUCGAGGCUGUCAACCGACAGUGAUCGGCCUCCUACGACCUCUUCCGUGGAUGAGGCUGCCUUUCGAAGAGGUACGAAAAGAAGGCAAAUCCUUGCCGAACUCUUAACCACCGAAGAAAGUUACAUAGCCGACCUGAAAGCUCUCAUUUAUCUCUAUUCUACUCUACUGGCCACCACCAUGACGGGCUCAAGUGGAAUCCGGGCGUCGAUCUUGCGAAACGUCCACGACCUUCUUCAUACACAUGAGAGGCUCUUGGAACGACUGCAACAAGCAGCAUUUGAUGCGGCAGCACGCAAAUGGGCAGACACCACCUCAUGCCGGCAUCUUGGAUCACCACGUCACCACAAGCGCUGCCGGAGCUUGGAGUCAAACUUUGUCGUCAAGUACAAUCGUAAUCACCGGCAAGCACGCAGCUCGAUUGACUCGUGUGAGAUGACGCGAGGACGGGCAUAUCUUGGAUGCGCUGAUCCAAAAGACGUGGCUGACGUGGCGGCCAUUUUCAAAGACUUUCUCAACGACUUUCUAGUUUAUGAGGAAUAUUGCGCCAAUCACAGCAUCAUCGCACACGAACUCCAGAGGCACGCACCGAACCUUUGGUCUGCAUACGAGGCAGGGAUCGAGUCGCUCGCCAGAUCUCUGAUUGCUCUUGAUCUCAAGCAUCAGAAUGAGAGGAAGGGCCUUACAGUAGGCGAUCUGUUGAUCAAACCUAUCCAACGCGUGACCAAAUAUCCCUUGCUGUUCGACGACCUGCUCAAGCAAACGCCUGUCGCCGACUGUCCGAGUGCUCAUACUGAGGUUGAGGCAACUCUGCAAUGUUUGAGAGAGGUCGUGCAAACCGUCAACCACGCCACAGACAAUCGAGAGACGAGGACUCAAGUCCAACGACGAUGGUCCCUUCAGUCCAGGCUUAGCUAUGAGAGGGUGUCCUUGCGGGCGGAGCAGUUCCGCAUGCUCGGCAACAUCCAGCUGUGCGGUGUGCUGCACGUUACGUGGCAGACGAGGAGCCGGAUCGGUGGAUGCUACGGUCUCUGCAUAUUAUUCGACAGUAGUCUAAUGGUAGCACUGCCUGCCGGGCCAGCUUCACGUUUCGAGGUGGUAGCAUUUAUCCAUUUGACGGACCUCACGGUGGAAUGCCCCAGCAAUGGUCGAGGUCUUCAAUGCCACUCGGCCCUGCACACUUGGAAGGUGAGCCUUCAAGUCAACGGUCACUUUCACGAACUCAUCCUAAGCGCAUGCUCUGCCGCAGAAGAAGAAGUGUGGAAGGCCGGCAUGGAAGGCAAAGCUCCUGGAGUCAAGCGAACAAAAGCACUAUUGACAGGAAUACCGUCCAGCAUUGGUCUUGACCUCCGAUCGACUGGAUCGGUCUAUGGCCCGCAGGCGUCGAGUUUGUCGAGGCAUCCGUCUGUUCAGAGAGCGGCAACCGUGGGAAACCGAGCCAAUAUCUCACAAGUAAUCAUCCGCAACACGCACAACCUGCACGACUUUCACGAUUUUCGGCAGCCCUCGUCCUCCUCGAUGAAUAGAUCACAGUCCCAUAUGAGCUCCAAUCGAAUUGUGGUCCUAUCGCCGAAGCGGUCGGAACGGGCACGACUCGAGUCAGCAUUGGGCGACGUAUGGACAAAGGACAAGAUUGCAUUCCCUGGAAUGGUUGGCUCUCGUGGUGGGCAAAUCAUCCGAGCUUCAGCAGGGACAUUGGUGCGAAAGUUGAGUCUGGCAUCGAUUCACGCUCCGUUUUCCAGGCGGUCAGGGAGUCUGUCACUAACGAGUCGGAAAUCAUUUGACGGGCUCCCGGAAAGCCGCCGGGCCCGGAUCAAACAUUCAGCACCGGUCUUUGAGGUGCGCAAGGAAAGUUUUGAUGAGUUGACCCCCGCCAGGAAAAGGUCGCACGACCUGCCCGAACUUGAUACAAUGGACAGCGUAAUCAGUCGUAUGAUUGGGAGUCAUGGCGCAAAGCGACUAUCAUUUUCCCACGCAGACCACGGCCUUGUAAGGAAGGUGACCAAGAGCAAGAAGGCCGACCAUGAGACUAUCACUGGGGUGGGACCUGAAGUCCCGGCGGAAAUCUUCUAUAGUGAGGAGAAAGAGUUGGUGGAAAAGGAAGAGAUUGUCGAGGAAGGCUUGACUGGUCGCAAGAAGCGAUGGAGCAAUCCGCUGGGGAUAUUAAGAGGUCUGUCGGCCGAAGGGUUUCGACACAUGUUGUAUUCUAGUAAAUAG